AACCAGCAGUGUCCGCUCAUUAGUUCCUACCUAAACAAACAAAGCUCAGCGGGGAGACCUUUCCCCAUCUCAGACACAAACGUUUCGCAAUCUAAACGGAAAUCUGUCAGACCACGGAGUUGUGUCCAACCGUUUCUGUAACGUUCCCUCUCUGACGACUGCUCUGUAAAUUCACUCACUGCGCAACAGCGGAGCUAGUUUUGUUUCCGCCGCCAUCCAGUACCCUACCACCUCCAGCUGAGGCUCCUCCACCCGCUGCGGGACAGAGAUGACGAGCCAGCUGCUGGACACCGUGUCGGCCGUCAAACGGGUCUGGUAGGCGGGUAUAAGAAGAGGUUUGGCUCCCUGCUUGAAGACGGACAUGAUGAGAUGUUGAGAGCGAUUGGCUGAAUAAAGCUAUCAAGCAGCACACUCAGCAGCCUGGUGACGACCUGAUUAACAACUGUUUGCCGCCCCGUCACCAUGAGCGCCAUGCGCGUGGACGCCAAAGUGGUGAUGCUGGGAAAGGAGAGCGUAGGAAAGACAAGUCUGGUGGAGCGAUACGUUCAUCAUCGCUUCUUAGUCGGCCCCUACCAGAACACCAUCGGUGCGGCCUUUGUUGCCAAACCAAUCCAAGUUGGAGACAAAGUGAUUACUCUGGGAAUAUGGGACACGGCUGGAUCGGAGCGUUACGAGGCGAUGAGCCGAAUCUAUUACAGAGGAGCUCGGGCCGCCGUGGUCUGCUACGAUCUGACUGACAGCAGCAGCUUCCAGAGAGCUAAGUUCUGGGUGAAAGAGCUGCAGAACUGCGAGGAGCUCUGUAAGAUCUACCUGUGCGGCACUAAGAGCGACCUGAUCGAAGGAGACCGGAGUCUGCGUCAGAUUGACUACCACGACGCUCAGGACUUUACAGAAGAGAUCGGAGCACAAUAUUUUGAGACUUCCAGUAAAACAGGAAAAAAUGUGGAUGAGCUGUUCCAGAAAGUAGCUGAGGAUUACAACAGCACUGCUUUCCAGUUUAUGACAGAGGAAACGGGUGUCGACUUGGGUCAGAAGAAAGACUCGUAUUUUUACACCUGUUGCCAUAACAACUGAUCUGAGCACCAGGAAAAGGGGAAAGGGAAGAGCCACCCUCUCUGGACUGGAUUCAAACCUGAAUGUGCUGGAAGGCUACAGAAAAUCACAUGAGAAACCAAACUGCUAUCUGUAUCUUUAUAAGGUGUUUAUUUCUUUUGUGCCAUAAGGAGCUGAGGAAGGACGAUUGCUGCUCUGAAACGGAUACCAGGCUUUAAGAGAUGUAAAGACUUGCUACUUGUGUUUUAUCAAACGGUCACUUCUCAGUAGCUCACAGGGGAACAAACCUCUCUAAAGCUGCUGUCUAAAACAAUCGGAAAGCAUAACUGAAGAAGCGGAAACUCCAUAAAGACAGUUUAAUGUUCAGGAAGUUUCCAUUCAACUUAUAUUUAAGCCUGUUGUGGAAGUUUUCUUUGAGUGUUUCCAGAGUAAGCUGAUCAGACAUUUUGUGUCAUCAACCACCAGAAUACACUAAUAUCAAACUGCAAUGAAAAGAUACCGAGGCCUUGAUAUCAAGAGUAGAAGAGGAAGGUUUGUGUUUACAUUCAAGAGCUUCACAUUGUUGGUGUUCACUACAUUUUCUGCCACAUGACAGCCAUGGAUGUACGAAGAAAAACGACACUUGGCCAUCACUGGUCUCGUGUUGCUACAAAAUACAUGUUUCAUGACAGAAAAACUGCAACGUCAGACAAAGUAAACUGUUACAGGAUUGUUUUUCAUCUUAGUUUGUCUGUUAGCAAGAAUAUACCUUAGUAAAAAUAUGGUAUUUGAAUUAAAAGAAGAGCCAAGAAAAUUCUAUGAAAAUUUAAGUAGCAACUAAAACAUGAUUGUUUAACAUUUCUAAAGUUAUGUCGACACAUGAGCAAAACACUAAUGCACGUUUUGUUUGUGCAUCACAGCAAAGAGUUAUUUAGCUUAUUAUAAUAUGAAAUAUCUGAUGCAUUAACUUUUUGCACUAUAAGCUGUGAUUUUUGCCAAAAGAUAUAAAACGAAGGUGGUUUUAGACGCUGGUUACCAAGAGGUUAAUUUCUGCACAUUGAUGAAAUUGCAUGACCUAAGCUGCCUGAAAGGAAACUUUCGUAAAGAUUACUUUUAUGUUAUACGUCUUUGAGCACACUAUUCAGAUGCUGAAAUCUGAGUGACGUGUUUUUAGGAAACAUUUGACUUCACAAAGACGAUCACAGUUCUCCUAUGGUGUCCUGACAAACCGCAGAUUUCCCCAAACAGGAAAAAACUGCCUUGUGGUGAAUGUUGUAAUGUGUCACAAACUAUCUCUGCUCAAUGUUCUCAGCUCAGCAAUUGCAUCCGAGUUUAACAUUUGAUUUGCUAAUUUAUUCCCUUUUAAGUUGUGCUGCAAGGUGAACAUUUGUUCAUGUUUUCGUGUUUCAUGAAAUUUGGAUGCACAAUAUUUUUAUUAAAGGCUGUUAAAGUUGUCCAGAUUCUUUCAAAUAAAAAAAAAAAGCUUCUUGAA